AUGAAAAGAGCCAAUGUUAUAAAACGCCGAGUUAACGGUCCUAGAGAGGAGACAGCUUUGAAUGACUGUGAGCAACUAAUGGACUUGUCCAUGGAUAGAGUUUGGGACUCAGUGUUGACUUUAACAAAAAAUAACGUUGAAUCACAGCAAGAUGCACACACAUGGCUAAGUAGUAUACUCACUAACCAUGCAACUUGUUUGGAUGGUUUAGAAGGUGCGUCUAGGGCCGUGAUGGAAAAUGAUCUUGAGGACUUGAUAUCCAGAGCUAGAUCUUCUCUUGCUGUGCUUGUUUCUGUCUUACCUAAACCGGAUCACAAGGAAUUCAUUGAUGAAUCAUUGAAUGGGGAAUUUCCCUCGUGGGUUUCAAACAAGGAUAUGAGGCUUUUGGAGUCUAGAAUUAGGGACAUUCAGGCCAAUGUUGUGGUGGCUAAAGAUGGGAGCGGUAAGUUCAAGACUGUGGCUGAGGCUGUGGCAACUGCACCAGACAACGGUAAGACAAGGUAUGUUAUCUAUGUGAAAAGGGGAACCUACAAAGAGAAGGUAGAAAUCGGUAAGAAAAAGACGAAUGUUAUGCUUGUCGGUGAUGGUAUGGAUGCAACAAUAAUCACAGGCAGCUUGAAUUUUAUCGAUGGAACAACCACUUUCAAUAGUGCAACUGUUGCUGCUGUUGGGGAUGGGUUUAUAGCUCAGGACAUUGGGUUCCAAAACACGGCAGGCCCAGAAAAGCACCAGGCAGUUGCUCUCCGUGUUAACUUGCAGCAAGGCUUUGGACAAAUUUUAUACUGCUAUGGGCAGCAUAGGGAUGCUUUGAGAGUAGGUCUUCUUGGACUGCUUUUGUAG